AAUGAAUCAUCAAUAUUCACCAAUGGAUCUUCCCCAGAAGAAGAAAUUCACUGAGUCAGAGCGAGCAGCCCUUGCGAAGAAACUUGAUGACGACCUAGAUCAGUUCAUGGAAGAAAUGGCUGCGAGAAAAUCUGAUAAGAAAGAAGAACGAAAACCGUUUGAUUUCGAUGACUGGUGCAAAGAGAUUGAUCAACAUCCUGCAUUCAUGACAGAAAUGCCCACGGAUGGAAAAUAUCAGGACACUAUUGAAGCUUUACAGUCUAUGAAAUACGAUAAAGAAGACGACGAGGAUAAGCAAAUGAAUGCAGAACAUCACAAAGAGGAAGGAAACAAACAUUUCAAAUUUAAGAAGUAUAGAUGGGCGACUGAUUGCUAUUCUAAUGGCAUCAAAGAAAAUUCACCUGAUAGGAAAUUGAACGCUGUGCUCUAUUUCAACCGAGCCGCAGCUCAAAAACAUCUCGGUAAUCUUCGAUCUGCAAUUAAAGACUGCUCGAUGGGACGGAAGUUUGAUCCAACUCAUCUGAAAGGUGUAAUUCGAGGAGCCGAAUGUCUUCUGGAAUUGGAAUAUGCAAAAGACGCGCUGAAUUGGAUUGAAAGCAGCAAAAAGAUUUUCGCAUUCACGAAAGAAACUUCUGACACUCCGGAUCUUACUGAUGAUGAGAAAAAAUUCAUAGAUCAAUUGGAAACACUUCGAGUAAAAUCAGUUGAACUGUCAUUGAAAGAAGAAAGAGAUAAAAGAAAAUCAAGAGCCGAAGAAAGAAAAGAGACAGAAUCGAAGAAACAACUAUUAGAUGCACUCAAGGAACGGAAUUUGAAUUUAUGUCCCCGCGUUCCGUUUGAUCGUCCCGAACUCAUGGAUAUGGCGAGACUUACCGUAUCCCUUCCGUUGAUGCAUUCACAUGAAUGUGUCAAAUUCGAUGAUGAUCUAAAUCUUGUAUGGCCGAUCCUUCUACAAUAUCCCGAAGCUGGUCAAACUGAUGUUCUUACCGAGACAAAUGAAUUAACAACCGUCGGAGAAUUGUUAAAAGAAGUGUUAAAUUCACCAGCUCAGUGGGAUCCGGAGCACAAAUUCAAUUUUGAGAAUGUUCGGUUCUUCGUAUCGGAUGAAUAUGAUGAAUAUUUGAUGGAAGUGUACGAAUGGAAUGAUUUCAAAUCGGUGCUUAGCAUGCCAGGAUAUCAAAUAAAACAGGGGCUUCCUGUAAUUAUGAUUAUGACCAAAGAAAAAGCCGCAAGUUCCCUAGAAGCAUUGGCUGAGGAUGAGAAUCGAUACGUUGCUAAAUAAAAUUGUUGUCAUUUGAUUACAAAUUCUGUUAUUUUACUUCAUCCCGUUGUUUUGUUGUGUUAUUUACUUCCUGACUUGUUGUGUCUUUUUUUUUUGUGCAAAAAAAAUUAUUAAUAAU